AUGAGUGGCCUAAUCAGUGUUCGUGCGUGUGUAUGCUUUUUGCACUGGUUUUUGCUGUGUGUGUGUGUGAUGUGUGUAUAUGUACAGUGUCAGCGGGACAGUUUGGUGGCUAGGCCACUUAACAAAAGGUGUGAGGGGGGAUGCAGUGUAACAACGUCUCCCUCAAAAACACACCUCACACACAUACGGGACAAAAAACCCCAGGAUAAUCGGCACAAAAACACUCAGGCAUUAUCUAUGUCAGAACGUCUGGUGCAGCUGCAGAAAUGUAUGAAACAGCAUGAACCUGCAACAGGAAAGCGAGGCGAUGGAGCCGAUUCCCUGGCAGCCAUUUUGGCUUUGAUGACGGCUGUACUGACUGAGUGUGACCUGCACUGCCAUAGUCAGAGGCUUAGAGAAAUGGCAAGCAGGCUAGAGGGGGCAGCAGUGGGGAGAAAUGGACAAAAAGAUUUGCUAUUGUUGUUAAAGAGCAUCACACAGUCUGGCCCAGAACCAGCAAUACAAAGACCUCCAACAGUGUCCCCUUCUUCAGGACUGUAUCCUCAGAGCUGCUAUGUGAUCUUUGAGUAUGGAAUCAAAGAGAAUGGAAUUUAUACCAUCCAACCAGAUCCUCAGCGACCAGCACUAGAGGUUGUGUGUGAUAUGGAGUCAGCAGGAGGGGGGUGGACAGUGUUCCAGCGUAGAUUUGACGGACAGCUGGAUUUUAACCGGACCUGGCAGGAGUAUAGGGAUGGCUUUGGUUCUUUACAGCGGGAGCACUGGUUAGGGAAUGCAGUGCUGCACUCUCUCACAGCCACUGGACAACACACACUCCGUAUCACCUUACAGGACUGGUACCAUCAGACACGGCAUGCCAACUAUAACAAUUUCAAAGUGGCAGGAGAGAAUCAAAGGUUUCGUCUGACUGCACAGAAUUACCAGGGGGAUGCAGGUAACGCCCUCAGCUACAGUAAACGCUACAACCACGAUGGCAGAGCCUUCAGUACAUACGAUCACGAUCAUGACCGCUAUACAGGUGGUAACUGUGCUCAGUACUAUGGUGCAGGCUGGUGGUUUGAUUCCUGUAUGGCUGCUAAUCUCAAUGGGCGCUACUACCGCGGCCGCUACACUGGCAUCACAGAUGGCAUCUACUGGGGGACCUGGUACAUCCUCACUGACUCCAGAACAGGGGAGAGAUACUCCUUUAAGAGUGUGGAGAUGAAAACACGACCAAAAAUGCCCUAA